AUGAAGGAGCACAGAAGCGGUGGGGAUGCGCCAGAGCCCCACAAAAGGGGGCCCAUCUUCACCCUAAACGAAGCGGUGAAGCAAAACAAGGAGACCUGGCUGGUCAUCAGCGGACGCAUCUAUGACAUCACCCACUUCCACAGCAAGCAUCCAGGUGGAGAGGAGGUUCUGCUCGAACAAGUUGGUAGAGAUGCCACUGAGAACUUUGAAGAUGUUGACCACUUUUUGGAUGCCCAAGAGAUGCUUGACCAAUACCUUAUAGGAGAGGUUCAUCCAUGUGACCGUAAUCCUAAUGCUUCCAAGGUUCCAAACAAGUCUCCCUCUAAAGAAUCAAGUUCUGGACAGUGGCUGAUCUCUGUUUUGGGAGCCCUAGUCUUGGGAUUGAUGGGAAAUCCUCCUGAUUUGACCUUGCUGAACCUUUAG